AUGACAACUGCUAGAAUCUGCGAAUUCAAUAAGAAAUUUAAUACUAAUUUUCAAAUAUAUAUGCCCAAACAUAGACAUUUUCAACCAAAGAAAGUAACCGAAGAAUUAGAUUGGGUUUUUUAUUUACACAAAGAACAUUUCUGUUUGAUAAGAAGAAAUAACAAAGCUUUGGGCAUUAAAGAAAUAGAAGAUAAUUACGAUGAAAACGUAUGGAGAACUUGUGAAGAUGAUAAUGCGGUAACGCAAGUUUCACCUCUAAAACUAAACGUUUUUCCAACCAUUCCCGAUUAUUGUUUAUACGCAUGGGAUUGCGAAACCUAUUGCGAAAAAGAAACGAAUAAAGCCAUUCCUUAUUGUUGUACUUUAGUCAAUUUAGAAAAACUGAGGAAAAGAUUAGAUGAUUAUAAUAAUUACUUAAGUGAUUUAAGUGAUUUUAAUGAGAAUUUAGAUUUUAAGCCGUCAGAUCCCAUUUCAGAAGAAUAUUACAACAUACUCAUGACUAAUAUAGUAGAAAUAUUUGUAGGUACAGAUUGUAUAGAUCAAAUGUUACAACGUUUAGGAAAAGUAGAUCAGAAAAGACUAACCUUAAUUUCCCAUAACGGCAGUGGUUCUGAUAACUGGAUCAUGAUCAAAAACGUAAAAAAACAAACACAAUUCCCUUUAAAAACAGCUAGAGGAAUUCAUUCUCUACCUUUAACUAAUUCAUUCACUGAUGAAGAUUUACAGAAAAAAUGGAAAAGACAGAAAGAAAUAAAGGUUCCGAAACAUACGGAAAAACAAAACGUAGAAAAAGUUUACUCGCAUACUCAUCCUUUUAUAAGAUAUUUUAUCAGACAAAGUAUUAAAGGAGGAAGAGUUUCGGCAAAUCGAAAAUCAUUUGAAACGGAUAAAAUCUGCGCCAUAUUAAAAGAAUACAAUGAAAGUAACACUGAAGGAAUAAUAGAUUUAUUCAAAGAAUACAGUGUUAACCCAGAAGAUAAAACGGAAGUUCGCGCUAAACUCAAAGAACUGGACUAUUCUAAACUGAUGGCAUUUGACGCUAAUGGGUUGUACGCUUCCGCCAUGACAGAAGGUGAAUAUCCUAAAGCGGAAAGUGCAAGAGCGUUUCUACCAGAAGAAGAAAAAGAAUUUGUAAAACUCUUCAAUAAACAAAAAUUCAGACCUAGAACUGCUAUUUUAAAAGUCUGGUUUGAAUAUCCCAAAAACAUGUUCUUUCAACCCAUACCAGCUAAAGAUAAAAUAACUUUUACGAAUAGAAUAGGUAAGAAGGAAACUGGCACUAAAAUCAGGUUCAGAAAUGGUUUCUGUCACGACGUUUUAACAUCGGUUGAUAUUCAAGAAAUAGUGAAAUCCGGUGGUAAAAUUAUUAGAAUAUUAGAUGGUAUAGUAUACGAAGAAAAUUUUAAAACUCCACCAUACAGAGAUUAUAUUUUAAUUUUGAAGGAAUUAAGGAAUAAAUACAAAAAAGAAGGAGAUAUGGUUGCUAGUAAUUGCAUGAAAUUAUUAGGUAAUUCCUUAUACGGUAAAUCUAUUCAGAAGGAUAUAAAUACAUCGAGACAUCUAUGGAGUGAAUCGACUUUUAAAGCCAACUUCGAUUCACACGUCAAAAGCUAUGAAAAAGUAAAUGAUAGUCAAUAUAUAGUUGAGAUGAAUGAAGAAGAAAAAGAGUUUGUUCCUCCAAAGGAUUUUACUAGAUUAACACCCGCUCAUUUAGGUGCAUUUAUAUUAUCUCACAGUAAAAAAAUAAUGAACAAUUUCAUUCACGUAAUAGAUGGAUUUUAUAAGCCUGAAAUAUACUAUACAGAUACUGAUAGUUUUUACAUUUCGUCUAGCAAUUGGGAUAAAUUAAAUGAAGCUGGGUUGGUGUCUGAAAACGAAUAUAGCAAAGGGAAGAAUGAUUACGGUGAUGGUGGAAUCAUAUUUGGUUUAUAUUUAGCGCCAAAAGUAAAAUACAAUAUCAUUCUAACUUCCGAUGGUGUUUUAAAAGAAAAGAAAACGUUUAAGGGUUACUCUAAAGAUAAGAUAGGCGUCGAAGAUUAUAUUCGAUUAGCUAGUGGACAUGACGUAACGAAUGAAUAUAAGAAACCUUGGGUGAAAAGUUUUACUGAUGGAAUAGUUAUUCCUAAUGAAAAACAAAAGAAAGUUUUCAGAAGUUAUCUGAAUCUCGUUAAGAGAAAAGCACCGAAUGAAGAAGGAAUUAUGUAUCCUUACAACGACGGAAAAGAAUUAAACAUAAAUGAAAACUAUGAAUUUGAUGAUUUCGAUUAUCUAACUAUUCAAGAAGAGAAUGAAGAGUGUUAA